CCGACUCUGAAGUCGCCUUCUUCAGCUCCGGGUUUGUAGAAACGUUGUCCUGCUGAGUGUGGAGACGCGUCAGAGUAGGCUGCCUGCAAAGUUCUGCGACACCAGUCGGACACCAUGGCGGACAACCGGGAUCCAGCCAGCGACCAGAUGAAGCUUUGGAAGGAGCAGCGGGCUGCGCAGCGCCCUGAUGUCCUCACCACUGGGGCCGGCAAUCCAAUAGGAGACAAAUUGAAUAUUAUGACAGUAGGGCCCCGUGGGCCCUUUGUUGUUCAGGAUGUGGUUUUCACCGAUGAAAUGGCUCACUUUGACCGGGAGAGAAUUCCUGAGAGAGUUGUGCAUGCUAAAGGAGCAGGGGCUUUUGGCUAUUUUGAGGUCACGCACGACAUUACCAGAUACUCCAAGGCAAAGGUGUUUGAGCAUGUUGGAAAGAGGACUCCCAUUGCAGUUCGAUUCUCCACGGUUGCUGGAGAAUCAGGCUCAGCUGACACAGUUCGUGACCCUCGUGGGUUUGCAGUGAAAUUUUACACAGAGGAUGGUAAUUGGGAUCUUGUUGGGAAUAACACCCCCAUUUUCUUCAUCAGGGAUGCCAUACUGUUUCCAUCCUUUAUCCACAGCCAGAAGAGAAACCCUCAAACACACCUGAAGGAUCCGGACAUGGUCUGGGAUUUCUGGAGCCUGCGCCCUGAGUCUCUACAUCAGGUGUCCUUCCUGUUCAGUGAUCGAGGGAUUCCAGAUGGACACAGGCACAUGAAUGGAUAUGGAUCCCAUACUUUUAAGCUGGUUAAUGCAAACGGAGAGGCAGUUUACUGCAAAUUCCAUUAUAAGACUGACCAAGGCAUCAAAAACCUUUCAGUUGAAGAUGCUGGAAAACUUGCCCAGGAAGAUCCUGACUAUGGCCUCCGGGAUCUCUUUAAUGCCAUUGCCACGGGCAACUACCCCUCCUGGACUUUUUACAUCCAGGUCAUGACAUUUAGUCAGGCAGAAACAUUUCCACUUAAUCCAUUUGAUGUUACCAAGAUUUGGCCUCACAAGGACUACCCUCUUAUCCCAGUUGGCAAACUCGUCCUAAAUCGAAAUCCAGUGAAUUACUUUGCCGAAGUUGAACAGUUGGCCUUUGACCCAAGCAACAUGCCACCUGGCAUUGAGCCCAGCCCUGACAAAAUGCUUCAGGGUCGCCUUUUUUCCUAUCCUGACACUCACCGCCACCGCCUGGGACCCAACUACCUUCAGAUACCUGUAAACUGUCCCUUCCGUGCUCGAGUAGCCAACUACCAGCGUGACGGCCCCAUGUGCAUGUUCGACAACCAGGGUGGCGCUCCAAAUUACUACCCCAACAGCUUUAGUGCUCCCGAUCAAGUGCAGAGUUAUGCCCUGGAGCAUAGCACCUCCUGUUCUGGGGAUGUGCAGCGCCACAACAGUGCCAACGAUGACAAUGUCUCUCAGGUGCGGGCGUUCUACAUGAAUGUGCUGAACGAAGAAGAGAGGAGGCGUCUGUGUGAGAACAUUGCUGGCCAUCUGAAAGACGCACAACUUUUCAUCCAGAAGAAAGCGGUCAAGAACUUCAGUGAUGUCCAUCCUGACUAUGGGGCCCGCGUUCAGGCUCUCCUGGACAAAUACAAUGCCGAGAAACCCAAGAACACGAUUCACACCUUUGUGCAGCAUGGCUCUCACCUGGCUGCAAGAGAGAAAGCUAACCUGUGAGGGUCAGAGCCCUGGCCUGGUGCCGAGUUGCUCUCCGCCUAUGAAGCAAAGCAUGGUAUUCACACACGUCAUCCACAUUGCUGGAUAGAAGAUUGUCCUGUGCUAGAUGAGCAAAUGUAAGCUUUGUCUUUAAAAUGAUAAUCCAGGUUUCUAUAGAAAUAAUCUAAUAAUGGCUUUUAAUGCUUUUUCCCUUGGGGAAAAAUGAAGACUAGGGUUUAACAAUUAUUUAAAAGAAACAUGUAAUUGCUUUUGACAGUUUGUUGGAUUACUCACUUAAAACGACUGGAAUGAAAAUUUCUAGCAGAAAUAUAAUUUAAUUCAAUAAGAAAAAAAUCUUGAUGAAAUAAGUGUGUUUGCAUAUCAUCUCAUGGCCUGUUAUAUAAAAAUAUGGUUGUAAUUAUAUAAGAAGAAAAGAUCAAGAUAAUCCACUGAGAAAUUUUAAUUUUUCUAAGUUCUCUAUAGGAAAAGCACAUUUAAUGCCUUAGCCUCUUGAAAAUAACUUCAGUACCAUUAUAGCUUAAUGCUUAUUUCUGCUUGGAAUUGAACCGAUUUAAAAAAGAAAAUUUGGAAUUCAUUUAUGCUAAUACAGCACUGAUUUAACAACAGACUGGUUUGUAAUUAUUACAUUUUUACAAUAAAAUAAUCUGUACAUAAAAAUA